GCCAUUCGCCACACACACCCAUCGCCAACCCUACCCUGCAGGCUGCAGCGCAAUCAGAGACUCCCCCGUCGCCGACGAACUCAUAUGCUCGUUCAAGAUCGAAGCUUCCCCCGUCGGGGGUCGACGCAGGCGCAUUUGGCAGGUAGCCCUUUGAAGCUUCAACAAAGGAGACGCCACCCCUUCGCAGUUCGCACUUCGCCAUGGAAUCCCAGGAAAGUGAGGCACCAUCGGCUUCUCGCUAUUCCUAUUUCCACUGUUGUUUUUGAGUCGGCAUUCAGCACAGGAGGUCGAGUUUUAGAUUCGUUUAGGACCUCCUUAUCCCCUGAAGUUGUGGAGGCUUUGAUUUGUUGUGAAGAUUGGAUAAGAUCUUCAGACUCCGAGUUGGUGGCUGAUGGAGAAGAUGAGAGUGAUGAAGUGGUAUUUCAAAAUGUAUAUGCAGCUUUUCAAGCUCGGAGUGCAAGUGCACCUGCAGGACCUAGUGGAAGCUCUCCUGCUACCCAUGUUUUGAUCCCGAGUCCUACUAUGUCACAAGUGGAAGAAGACUAUGUCAACGACAAUUCUGAUGAGAAUGAUGAGACUUAUGUGGAUGUAGAGCCUGAUGAGGAGUGAUAAUAGUAGUAGUGUUUAUCUUGUAUGGUGGAUGAACUUUGAUUUUACUUGGAUGUUAUCAUUUGAGAAUUGUAAAACUAAUGUGUUUAAUUACGAGUUGAAGAUAAUCUCAUCUAUGAUUGUCGGUAUUUUAUGUUGAACAAAAUUAUUUAUAAUUUUGUGCCAAACACUAAACAUUUUUUUGCAUAUGAUAGU